GAGCUUCGAGACAACGGACGAGAGCCUUCGCAGCCACUUUGAGCAAUGGGGCACGCUCACCGACUGCGUGGUGAUGAGGGACCCAAACACCAAGCGUUCCAGGGGCUUUGGAUUUGUCACGUACUCCUCCGUUGAAGAAGUCGAUGCCGCCAUGAACGCCAGACCGCACAAAGUCGAUGGCAGAGUUGUUGAACCAAAGAGGGCCGUGUCCAGAGAGGACUCUCAAAGGCCUGGUGCUCACCUAACAGUAAAGAAAAUCUUUGUCGGGGGCAUCAAGGAAGACACAGAGGAGCACCAUUUGCGGGACUACUUUGGGCAAUACGGCAAGAUCGAGGUGAUCGAGAUCAUGACAGACCGCGGCAGUGGCAAAAAGCGAGGUUUUGCCUUUGUCACCUUCGAUGACCACGACUCUGUGGACAAAAUUGUCAUUCAGAAAUAUCACACGGUCAACGGCCACAACUGCGAAGUGCGGAAAGCCCUGUCCAAGCAGGAGAUGGCCAGCGCCUCAGCCAGCCAGAGAGGACGCAGCAGCUCGGGGAACUUCGGAGGGGGCCGCGGAGGUGGAUUUGGUGGGAAUGACAACUUCAGCCGGGGCGGCAACUUUGGCAGUCGCGGUGGGUUUGGUGGCAGCCGCAGUGGUGGCUAUGGAGGCAGUGGAGACGGCUAUAAUGGAUUUGGCAGCGACGGGUAUGGCAGCAGUGGCAGCGGCCCUGGCUACUCUGGAGGCAGCAGAGGCUACGGCAGCAGCAGCAACUACGACAGCUAUAACAAUGGUGGUGGCGGCUUUGGCGGGGGCAGUGGAGGCGGCAGCUUUGGCGGCGGUGGCAACUACAAUGACUUCGGCAGUUACAACAGCCAAUCCUCUAACUUUGGCCCUAUGAAAGGAGGCAGCUUUGGAGGCAGGAGCUCUGGGCCGUAUGGCGGCGGUGAGUACCCCAGGAGGGUCUCCGCCCUUGCAAGGAGGCAGCAUUGGGGAUGCCUCUGUUCUGGAAGCUCUGAUUCCUGCCCAGACUUUGCAAAGGGGCCACUGCCAUCAUAGUUCUCAGAAACUCCC